AUCUACACUCAGCAUCGAAGGUUUUUGUAUUGGCAGCGAACGAACUCUUUAUCAAGUACACGAGAUACUUUGUCAAUAUGACCCUACACCGCAGAUCCUCUACGGUGGAGAAUCUCCGUUUUAACACACCAUAUGUCGCCUUUGCGUCAAGAGAUCAGACACAAGAAGCCCUUUCUAUUGAUCGGUCCCAUCAAGACUCCUCUGGCAUUCCACAUGCACACUCCACUUCUAUUCCAAGACCUGAUAAUGCCCAAGGGUCUACUGUGGAUCGAAGACUACACGAACAAGGACCAAAUCUCCACAGUCCUAAGGGAUGGUGGGUGUCAAACAACGGCUAUGGGUCGAGACAUGCGUCUGAUGUGGCGCCAUUUACACUCUGGGAUAGCAGUCGCCGAGAUUUCCGCUAUCCCACGCCUUCCGAGCAUGCAUGGAUCAACACUACUUUUCAAGCAGUCAGCGUCACUUAUAUCUGGCCUGAGAUUAUCAUAGAGACACCUAAUCCGCCAACUCCAGUCCCUCUGACAGUGGCAUGUGUGGCAGCUAUGUUCAUUCCAGUCGGCCAUCAGAUAACAUACUUGUCAACUGAUAUUGACUACAGCAACCCUAGAAUGCCCGACCCUGUGCCUGAACAUCUGCGCUUCCAUAAAUGGGAGAGAGCUUCGACAGAACAGUAUGAAGCUGUUCUUCAAGAGCUGGGAAAGCUUGUGAAUAUUCAAGCUGUGAACUUCAUUCCGACUCUAGUCAUCGUUGAAAUCAGAACCGGCGAUGGCAGGACAUACGAAAGAAGAUCUCUCCCGGGGAGGGUUGGAGGUCAGACCACAUUGUAUCAUCACAGCGAGACGCCCUUCUGGAAGAUGGAAAGGCAAGGAAGAGAGCGCUUAAUCGAACCUAGCGAUAUGACUCAAGACACCACUAACUAUAUAAGGGAGCUACAUACUCUCUACCCUGGAGUUAGAGUGGAGAGUGGCACGACAUCUCGAUAUAGUGGCUACCUUGAUACAACCAUGGCUACAACUGCCGGUAUCUUACUCAGAUCCAACAAGGAAGGGCCGAGAUUGACUGUAUCGAACCACGGCUUCAUUGAUACUGAUGAAGUUUACCAUCCUUCGCCUCGGACAGGAGAUUGCAUAGGUCAGGUUACAGAGCGCUUUGAGGCAUUGGACAUUGCUCUGGUGAAACUCUUUCCGUCAACAACCUUCACAAACUCAGAGUAUUUCCAAGCCAACAUACCCAAGAGACUCCUCCGUUCAAAUGAGGUUCUAGAAAAUACUUGGUGCAGUCUUGACGGUAUGGCUAGUGGUCUGGUCUUCUUAAAAGUUCAUGGGAGGAGAUUUCGAGUGGCAUCACAGCCGCCAGGUGUUGUUGUUCCCUUUGUCGAUUUUCAGACCGAAAAUAUAUUUCGCUAUGUCGGGCCCGCGGGAGGCCAGAUCCGGGAAGGAAUAUGCGGCUCAGCAAUAGUAGUUGACGACGACAAAGAUGGUGGUGUGGUUGGAUUUUUUCAGCUAGGCGAGCACGGUUCAGAAUGGACCACAUGCCCAUGCCUCGAUGACUUAAUCGAUAGAGGAUGGACGGUGGUUUAGACGGCACUGGCUUGAUAGCAUAAUUCUAGAGUUCAAGGGUAGCUAUAUGUCGGGGAAGGGCUGCAUUGCCGUAAAGAAAUGCGGCCAGCCAUCUGAGAUACCUGGGUGCAGGUCAUUCUUAAAGGGAAUCAGUGAUUACUAUAUUGUAUCAUAAGAACUUAGAAGCGCUGCAUCAAUUAGAGAAAUUAUUGCUAG